AGCUUCUCUUUUUUUUUUUUUCUUGAUGAAGACUGAUUCGAAAAAAAAGUUAAUAUAUGCAACUGCAUUGGCUUUACGAUUAGCCUUAUUUAGUUUUCCUUCGGUGGCUAAUACACUUGUUGAACGUGUGGAACUAUCUACACCCGUCACCAGCUUUAAAAGACUUACAGAAGGUGUCUACCUGUACAAUAACAAUGUGCCUCCCUAUGAUGGAGGUGUAUUUCAUCAGUCACCGUUAUUAUUAUGCUUAUUCUCAUUCUUCAUGACCUUACCAUCCUUCACCAUUCCUCUUGUAUACAGUCUCAUGGAUAUCAUCAUUGCUCAUUCCCUGUCAAACAUUACCCGUUUAAAGCAGCAACGCGAUACGCUUACCACUCGUUUAGAAGUAGAACGUGAUAUCCAACCUAUUUUACCCGAGACGGUGGCUGCAUUAUAUCUGUUAAAUCCAUUGACCAUCUUAUCGUGCGUUUCCAAGUCGACACUUUUAUUCACCAACCUCAGCAUUAUUUUGUCCUUAUUAAGUGCAUUAAAAGGUAAGACCAAGCCUACAUUAUUUUGGAUUGCAUUGGCGUCUUAUCUCAGUUUCUAUCCUGUCAUGUUGACACCUGCUUUACUUUUGGUAUUGGAUAAUCAAAAGAUUGUAUAUUCGGUUGGAUUGUUUGUGGGGUGUUUAUCCAUCUUGUUUGGAUUAUCAAGAGUUUUUGUUGGAUCUUGGGACUUUGUCAAUUCUACCUAUGGCACCAUUAUCUUUGUUACGGAUUUAACACCCAAUGUUGGCAUGUUUUGGUACUUUUUCAUCGAGAUCUUUGAUCAAUUCAGAUCGUUCUUUAUGGUCGUAUUUCAAUUCCAUACAUUUAUAUUUACAGCACCCAUCUGUAUCAAGUUACGUCAUCAGCCUGUGUUUGCUAUGACCGUGCUCUGCGGUGUCAUGGCUAUAUUCAAAAGCUAUCCUUCUGCCAGUGAUGCUUCGCUCUACUUGGCACUUGUUCCUAUUGGCGACGAACUCUUUAAAUAUUGCCGUUAUGGCUUUUUGAUUUCCAAUCUGUUUUUAUAUGCGUCUGGAUUAGCACCUAUUUUUUGGCAUUUAUGGAUUUAUGCAGGUAGUGGUAACGCUAAUUUCUUUUACGCAAUCACACUUGUGUAUAAUUUGGGUCAGGUUCUGCUAUUGGUGGAUCUUGUCUAUGCUGCCCUUCGAAGAGAAUUCGAUGUGAAGAAUCCCGAUGCUAUUGGUAAACCAACGCUACAUAAAUAGAAGGCUGUGUUUCAAAGAAACGCGCGAAUAAUAAUAAAAGAAAAUAUUUAAAUUUUCCCUUU